AUGAACGACGAGGACAAACAUGGAGCAUCAUCAGCUUCAACAACACCCAUAUCAUCAGAAUCUUCUCAAAGAAUUGCAUCACCAAUCAUCAUUACGGUGAAUCAACCAAAUGAUUUAUUAUCAACCAAUACUACGGAAAAAACAUCUAGCAUUUACUUGAAAGAAGAAAUGGUAUCCUCGAGCGAUGCAUUGAUUACGAAGGAUCUUCCUUCUAGCAAUGAAAAUUCAUGCAUUGUGUUGGAGACAAACAAUCAUCAUGAUGUACUGACUGUGCCUGUGCCUGUAUCUUUAUCACCCUCUUCGUUCUCACCUCUUUCACUUUCUUUCUCACAUCAUAAAACCAUGAAAAGAACUGUCAAAAUAUAUGAUGCUGACACACCUCGUAAUGAAAGUGGUAUUUCACUCAAUCAAGGCGGUUCUGAUGGAGGCGGUGCAGUAUUGAGUCAUGUUGGUACUCCAGAAACAACUAUUUCUCAUGCAAAUCCAAUGGUUUUCAGGUCUGUCAGCGACAUUCAUUCGGAUCGAACUGGCUCGCCCAAUUUUGUCAAGAAUUUAAAAUUUGUAAAGAAUUUGAAGGAGAGAAAAUAUAUUUUCUUUGGGCCUGUAAAGGAAGAUCAUGGAGACAAACAUGCAAUGCCUCCAAGUGUUUCUUUCUUUGACGUAGAAAAACCAAAGAAAUCGAAAAAGACCACAAAAAUUACUAAAGUAUUAUUAAGCAGAUGUUACAAGCUGUCCAUCAUUGGAUUAAUAUUUUUCACUCUAGUUUUAAUUGUUUUAUUUGCAGUUGCGAUGGACAACAGUACGUCACAAAACGGAUUCUUUACAAGCGGAUCUCCAACUACCAUCAUAUGGAUGAGUAUAAUACAUGCUAGUUUAUGCAUUACCAUUUUAUUUGAUUUAUUUGUACCCUUAUUAAUACUGAGGCUUUACAAACGAAUUGUGAAAUGCAUGUGGAAAGACGUAAAGGAUGAGAAACAACUGAACAUUGACGGAUAUUUUGUUUCUCUUGUCAUUCGAGCUAUAUGGUCCUUAAUGAUAGCAGUCGUUGGAUUUAUUAACUGGAUUUGUUAUGGUCUCUAUUACGAGAGCAGAGACCGAAUUGCAGGCUAUAUUUCCUUUUUUACGAUACUCACUCCCAUUUCAUACAUUUCCAUGGCAUAUCAUCAAUAUGUGCGAUUCAGAAAGCACAAUAUUUUAAUUUUCGAGUUCAAGGAUAGCAUCGACAAUGUUAAAAUCGAUCGAAUGCACAAGCGAACGCGAUUAUGUUGUCGAGUUGGAUUCAUGUUGAAACUUGUGUGCUAUUUACUCAUGACAGCCAUAUAUGCUGUAUUGAUACUAAUGACAAUACAGGCUGUUUCGAUAGCACAGGACGAGCUCAAAUACCCAGGAAAAUUAAUAACAGUGACUUCAAAGAAACAACCUUUCGAUUUGCACUUGUAUUGUGAAGGUCGAGAGGAUAGAGACGAUGUCGUACUCAUGGAUGCAGACGUUGGUGUAGCUUCUCCUUAUGCCUAUUACAAACCAUUACUUUCAUUACUUGCCAACAGUGGAAUGCGAGCAUGUGUCAUCGAACGGGCUGGUUAUGGCUUCUCAGAUUCAGGCGCUUUCCCGAGAGAUUUGGGCAACAACACGGCAGCAGAAAUGGUCUCUCUCAUCAAGUCUUCCUUAAAUACUCCAAUUGUUUUGAUUUCACAUUCUGCAGCAUCAUUCACAGCUCGAGUCAUGAUGCAUUAUUAUCCCAAAUUAUUGAGAGGUGUCGUAUUGGUACAUCCAGCUCAUGAAAACCAAGAUGAGCUCUAUUUUAAAGGUCAAGUAUAUAACAUGACAAUGGGUGAGUAUGAGCUUUUGAAACGGCAAAAGCUAUCUUCCAAUAAUUGGAUUCGUUUUGUGACACCCCUUGCACUCACUCGUCUAUUUCCACAACAUUUCCAUGCCAAUUUCAUUUUGACACAGGAUGACAUUUUUGAACUGCACUAUUUGAACGGAUGGAAAACCUAUUUUUCAGUAUCCAACAUGUCCCUCAUUUAUCAAUACACACAGCAUACCAUCCAUUUGAAUAAGUACAGCAAUGUAGUAUGGAGUGAAUUGAACAGUUUUUCUUCCAUUUCACAAAUGAUGAAUGACCUUCGAGGAGGAAAUUUCUCGCUCUUCCAUUUCAAUUCUUCACGACCAUUCUCAAUGAGUAUUUUAACGAGUCAACAUGUAUUGAAUGGCACCUGUGAAGACAAUAAUUUGGAUGCUUCUUCAAACCUUUGCAAAACCUUUCUUGCGUAUCAAUCCAAGAGACAAGACUUUCUUCUUUCCAUGCAUUCGGAUUUGGCAAAUUAUUACAAAAAUUAUUUAUUGGAAUGGUCGCUUAUUCCAGGUAAUUAUGAUGUCAUUUUGACCAAUCCUUCUGUAGUGGCACAACAUGUGAUUAAGCUUAUGGUUCACACCAAGCCGUGA